AAUGCCUUCUUUAAACGAAAAUAAUUCUAAUAACAAUACUCGCCUUGAUUUGUUGUUAAAUGCUCGAUUGGAUGAAAAUGAGAGUUUUAUGGAGGCUUUUAAUUAUUUGAACGAAAAUUUGAAUGUUGGAAGUGCUAAUGUAACAGAACAGGCGCUGAGAAUGGCUGUAGAAGAUAGAGAACUUGCAUUGAAUCAACAAUAUUUGGAACAAUUUGAAAAUAUAAACUCCCAAAUUCAAUCUUUUGUCGGUAAAAUACGUAACAUGAACACUAUAUGUCACGAAAUGACAAAUCGAAUACAAAUGAAUAAAGAAAAGACUCAAGAAUUGUUGAAAAAGACGGCAAUUUUACAAAAUGAAAAAAAAGAACUUGUAAUGAAACAAACAUAUUUAUCUGAUUUUUUUGCAAAAUAUUUGUUGACAGAGGAGGAAGAGAAAGCUUUAAGUUUGGAUGGAAAAAAUGGUAUCAACGAUUCAUUUUUCAAAGCUUUCAAUCAUUUAAUCGAAGUAAAUUCUAAUGUUACCGAACGUAUAGCUAUUGAACCAGAGAAUUUUGCAUUAACUGAGAUUUCUCAACUACUUUCUGAUAAAUUAGAGGCAUCAUAUAAUACAUUAUAUUUAUCAAUUCAAAAUGAAUGUAGGCUUUUAAAUGUUGAAUUUCUCGACUUGAAGCCAAUAUUAAUUCAAUCAUUUGAACAUAUCCAAACAAAACCCGAAUUAUUUUUAAAAGCUUUGGAAGAUUACAGUUAUGCUAGAAAAAGUUUUUUGGUUCGAGCUUUUAUUGAAAUUUUGACUAAAGGGAAUAAAUCUGGAACAAGUCAAAAACCGAUUGAACAACUUUCGACUGAUCCGAUAAGAUAUGUUAAUGAAAUGUUUUCUUGGAUCCAAUCUUCAAUUUUAAAUGAAAAAGAAAUAUUAGGAAAUUUACUUAGAGGAUGUCAUAAAAUGGCUGAAACAAUUACUGAACAAACUCUGAGUGUUUUGUCUUCAAUUUCUGAGGCAUUUUGUCAACCUUUAAGGCUUCGUGUUGAACAAUGUAUUACAAGAGAAGGGAAUUGUAUUGUGCUAUAUAGACUGUCCAAUUUGUUGUUAUAUUUUGUGGAUACUUUUAGUGAACUACUUCCAUCAAAUUCCCAUUUAUUAAUGUGUUGUCGUGAUUUACAUGAAUUAUGUUCCAAUAUGUUUUUUAGUUCGGUUAGUUCAGCUACUCAACGAAUUUUAGCUAAUGCUCGAGUUCCCGAUUAUGAUUUAUUGCCAGUUAAUUCUGUUAAUCAAACACUCCUUUUAUUGCGUGAUAUUUUAGAAUCGCCAAAUUAUGGGACUUUGUCUGUUAAUACUGAUAAACGAGAAAUUUAUAAUAAGAUAUUUCAACACAUUUUGGAUCCAUUAAUUCAAUCAAUUCAACUAGUUUGCAGUAAUUUGGAUGAUUUUUUGGAUGUUUCAGUUUAUAUGUUAAAUUGUUUAAAUUCAAUUCGUUCAAUUUUAAUUUUAUAUCAAUAUACUGACAAAAAAUUAGAAAUGAUUAAAGCACAAAUUGAGGCUAAUGAAGAUGUGCUAGUUAGUGAACAAGCAUCUCAAGUACUUGAUAAAACUGAUAUGUUGGAUUUGUAUACUAAAGCUAUGGCACAUGAAAUUAAUCAAGUAAAUUUAAAUAAUUUCUUCUCUUUAUGGUUUAAUACUUGUGUGUUCUAA